AUGGAUUCUAAUGAAAUUUUAGAUGACAAGGAUAGUGGGCCUGAAGUUCAGAUGAACUUUCCCAGUUCCGUGAUGAGUCGAAUUGAGGAGUUAAUGGGAGGAACAGAACAGUUUGAUAGUGACGAAUUUGAUGCGGUUGCCUACAUAAAUCGAGUUUUUCCAACGGAGCAAUCGCUCUCAGGUGUGGAGACAGCUGCCGCGCGCUGUGAGUUUCGUCUCGCAUCCGUCCAGCAUGACAUCCAGCGUUUAGUGCGGGAGCAGGCGGCACAACGAGAUGCUGGACAGGAGGCUUUACUGGAGGCCCAACGGUGCAUUGCUGAGUUAGCUUUGCAGGUAGCGGACAUAAACAAAAAGGCAGAACGCAGUGAGACCAUGGUGCGCGAAAUCACAGCUGAGAUAAAACAACUGGACUGCGCCAAGUGGAACCUUACUGCUGCUAUCACCGCACUCAACCACUUGCAUAUGUUGGCCGGCGGUGCUGCCACCUUGCGGGGACUGGCACAGCGCCGACAGUACAAAGAGCUGGUGUUGCCUUUGCAGGCUAUUAUGGAGGUAUUACAGCACUUCGAAUCGUAUCGCGACAUUCGCGAGUUGAACGCGCUACGUGACGAGGUGCACUCGAUUCGGUCGCAGCUAGCUACGCAAAUACUCGCAGAUUUUAAGGACGCCUUCACUGGUAGCAAAAGCGGCGUUUCACAACGUACACUAGCGGAAGCGUGCGGUGUGGUCGAUGCGCUGGAUCCGAAAGUCAAGAAGGAGCUUCUUAACUGGUUCAUUUCAAUGCAGUUGCAGGAGUACCAGCACCUGUUCUCCGCGGAGCAGGAGUGCGCGUGGCUGUCGCACAUCGAGCGGCGCUACGCGUGGCUCAAGAAACACUUGCUCAGCUUCGAGGAAUCACUCGGUUCCGUGUUCCCGCACGCCUGGCUGCUCAGCGAGCGUAUUGCGCGACAAUUCUGCAAGAUAACGCGCACGGAACUCACAAAUAUAAUGUCGUCGCGACGCAACGAAGUUGACGUGAAAUUACUUCUAUAUGCAAUACAAAAAACUUACAACUUCGAAGUGUUGUUGCAUAAGAGGUUUGUUGGUACUGAUUUUGGAACAGAUAAUGUGGAUACUGCAGUUGAAAAGCAAAGUUCUUUCGAUGACGACGGUAAAGAGAGUCAAACGGACGACGUACCAGCGGGUGAUUCACCGUGGGUGGGGCUGAUUGGUGGAUGCUUCGAACCGUACCUAUCACUUUAUAUCACCAGUCUUGAUACAAGUUUGCGAUCACUCAUGGACACUUUUAUACAGGAUGCAAAAUCAGCCGAUACAGGCAACACCAAUUCUGGAGCUAAUAGCACUAUAAAUGGAGGGGGCAGCGGUGCAGUCAUCACUAGUUGUGCAGAUCUCUUCCUGUUCUAUAAGAAAUGCUUGGUGCAGUGUGCGAGGCUCACCACUGGGGAACCUAUGCUUGAACUGGCUGGCGUGUUCCAAAAGUAUCUGCGUGAGUACGCGGGCAGCGUGCUGCAGGCGGCACUGCCACGAGCAGGGGCGGCCUUGUCACUGGGAGCAUUAAGCUCUGCCGCCGGCAUGCCCAGCCUCGUGACCAACCUGCACACGCUACUGAGGGACGACGCCACCCCCACCAGGUACACAAAACAAGAAAUCGCUAAAAUAACUAGCGUAAUAACUACAUCGGAGUACUGCCUGGAGACCACCAUACAUUUGGAACAGAAAUUGAAAGAGAAAGUGGCCCCAGCUCUGGCGGACAAGAUAGAUUUAGUUCCAGAACAAGACUUAUUCCACAAAAUGAUAAGCAAUUGUAUUCAGUUACUUGUUCAGGACUUGGAGCUGGCCUGUGAGCCAGCACUACAAGCAAUGACAAAGAUAUCUUGGUUGCAUUUCGACAAUGUCGGAGACCAAAGCUCAUACGUGACACAGAUAAUAAUGCACUUAAAGAAUACUAUUCCCAACUUGAGAGAUAAUUUAGCAUCCUCGAGAAAGUACUUCACGCAAUUCUGUAUAAGAUUUGCGAAUUCCUUCAUUCCGAAAUUCAUACAAAACGUUUACAAAUGCAAGCCAAUAUCGACCGUAGGAUCUGAGCAAUUGUUACUAGAUACGCAUAUGCUCAAAACGGCCUUAUUAGAGUUGCCGUCCAUUGGGUCGGAGGUGAAACGUCAAGCGCCUGCUACUUACACAAAGGUUGUCAUAAAGCUGAUGACGAAGGCUGAAAUGAUUUUGAAAUUAGUCAUGGCUCCUUUGGACGGGAAUCUCGAAGGUUUUGUUGCUCAGUUCGUACAGCUGUUGCCUGAGAGCACUUUGGCGGAGUUUCACAAAGUAUUGGACAUGAAAGGAGCUAAACUAUCCAAAGUACAAAUGAGUUCAUUAGAUGCCUUGUUUAAAGAUGUUUCAAAGUCUGUAAAUAAUGAGGGAAGCAAAUAA